AUGUCUUCAACUAUUCUUAAGGCAGGUCUUCUAGUUUCAUCUACUUCUAUAACUUAUUUGACAUUUAGCGAGAGUAUUAAAUGUGAAUCGAAAAGAACCUUCUACAACGAUGAGCCCCAACAGGUGUCUGUUUCAGAAACCACACCAUCAGAACCUCAGUUGUCAAAAUUUGUAAAGGAAGAACAGAGUAUCGAAUCACUUCUUGAACCUCGGAUAAAGUCCGCAAGAGAAGAAUUAUAUAAGUAUUUUGAACUGUCGAAAAAGUAUUACAUUGAAAAAUCAGAGCAGUAUUUCAAGGCUGAAAGGGAAGUUUUCUCAACAGCUAGUUCAUUACAUGAUAGAAGAGAAGAAUUUUUUCCAGAUGCGCUAUAUGUAAUCACCGGUGGGUUGUUUGGUUCUGUUUUAGCAAGAAAGAAAAACAUUCUGAUUAGGGUACUAGCGCCUGUGGCAACUGGUUUACUUUCAUUUAAGCUGUUCUUUCCGAAAACAUUCAACAAUGUCUUUGGCUUUUUAGAAAAUGUUGAAAAGGAAAAAUUACCUGCAGUCCAUACAAAACAAGUGGAGUUUGCUGAAAAAUCUGAAGAGCUAGUAAAGAGUACAUCCUCCACAAUUGUAGAGAGCUCAAAGGAAGUUGAAGGUUUCUUAGCCAAAGUCAAGCGGAGCAUUGGUGAGUACACAGGUCUAAAUGUAGAUCAAAUAAUUACCGAGAAGAAAAAAUAA